AUGACGGAAAGGUUCAGCCAACAGCUGCCACCAACCCCCAUCCAUGUGAAUAAGACGGGUGUGGACACCGACAUUCCAAUGCCCUCCUCUUCGACCCUACUCAAAGUAACCAGUGCACGUGCCCACGUCCGUCUGAAGAUGUGUGCCCUCAAUUCUCAGCUCCGCCGGCGCUCCAGGAAAGCGGGGCUGUCCAUCACCCGCGCCGCUCCCCAGGCUUGCUCCGCCCCGCCCCGCCCCUCAGCCCCGCCCCGGGCCCGCCUCGCCCCGCCCCCUCCGCCGCUUUCUGGGCUGCGGCCGCUCGCGGUUCCAUCUCCAUGGCGACCCGGCGUCCCAGGCACCUUUCUCGGAACUCAGCGCAAGCAGCGGGCUGGGCUGGACUUCGGCGCCUGCCCUUUGGAAGGUCAGCUUGAGAAGGCCACAAGCGCCCGACCCAGCCCUCACCCCGGACGCCCCCAGAUCCGGCGCUUGAACCCGCAGACCUCUCUGCAGCUCCAGGUUCGGGCUCUGGGGCCCAGGGCCGCUGAGACGCCGCCCGCGAAGGGAGGAGCCGCGCGGCUGGAGGCGUGCCUCGCACCCGGCGUUUCCCCCCGCUGGAGUCGGGCACCCGGGAAGGGCCGCUUGGGCCGACGUGGUGCGGACGCCAACGCGGCGGUUCUGACAGGCGCGUCUACACCACCGUCCUCCGACCUGCGGAUUUUCUUGGCUCUGAAAUUUUGUAUUCCAGAAAUCCCUAGGAAUUAUCUAGACAAGACAGACAGUAUAAAGGCACCAAAAAGUAGACAGAAUGGCAGAUUGCUAGUAUUUGAUCCAAAGGAAAAAGUGAUGACUGAACCAAAUGAAGGAAUGUCAGAUAAAUGCCUCUUUGGACGCAGACUGAGGUUGGCAAGCAAACUUUACACUCACCGACACGAGUCUCUGAAUGUAGCUAAGACGUUUGCAGAAAAGAAGGAAGUCUCUUCAAAGAAUAAUGAAAAUAAAGCCUCUUUAAAGAAUACUGAAAAUAGAAUAUCUUCAAAGAGCAUUGAAAAUAAAGAUAUCUUAAAUCUACAGUCUGACCUGUGGUCCUCUUCCUUCUUAAAAGAAAGCACAGGUGAGGCGGGCAAAGAUGUAGUCAUUGCACAGCAGAAGAAAAAUAAUGAAUAUUGCCUUCAGGAGGUUGAUGAUAAGUUGUCAGAAUCAACAGAUGAUGAUGGUGAAGAUGAUACUAAUGAUGAAGAUAAUGACGAAGACAGUAACCCUAAAAAGGUUACUCAUGCACCAUUAGAGUUAAUGGCAGAAUUCCUGAGAGCAGAAAUGGGCCGAGACUACCAUCUGGCAAAAAAACUAUGUCAGAUGAUCCUAAUCUAUGAACCAGAAAAUCCUGAGGCCAAGGAGUUUUCCACACUUAUUGAAGAAAUGUUACUAAUGGAGAAAGCUCAGAAUCUUGAGGAAGAUGGUGAAGAUAGCGAAGGCAGCAGCGAUGAGAGUGAAGGAGAAAGCAGCGAGGAGCUGAGUGACGAGAGCCCUGGCUAG